AUGACGCAACCAUCGACUAAAGAAAGGGAAGUGCUCUUGAAUAUAAUAUUAUUAUACAAAAACAUGCCAUAUCCUUGGGAUAAAAAACAUAAGGACUAUAAAAAGAAAGAUAUAAGAAAUGAUGGAAACAAGGUAAAAGAAUCGAGUCGCACUGGAGCUGGAGCUGACGAGGUGUAUGUACCUACACUUUGGUACUUUGAUGCUUUGAGUUUUCUUGGGGCGGUUAGUGAGACUUGUCGUAUAGGCCGAGACACAAUGGAAACACAGGAAAUUUCGACUUCAUUAUCUGAAACCGAAAGUGUACGAAGAUCUGAGUCAGCGUCUCCACAAAAGAAAAAGAGAGUUACGAAAGCUAGCUUACUGCAAAAGCAUGAGUCACUCAUAAAUACAGCUGGGAAACUUCUGCAUAAAAAAGAAGAGGAAUGGGAAAUUAUAGGAAAGGGCAUAGACUUGCAACUGAAGGAUCUAAAUAAAAGACAGUUUUAUAGAGCUCAGAAAAUAAUACAUGACACCCUCUAUUACGCCCAAAUGGGAAUGUUAACUGAACAUUCAUCUGUCACUGGGCUCGAACGUAAUCAAUCACAGCACACGUACGAGUCAACAGUUGGAAAGCGUAGAACCACACAAAUAUAUCAAACUCCAUUUCGCUAUCCAGCCCGUAGACUGGAUACUCAAUCAGUACUAUCUGGUGCAUCAUCAUCCCCUAAAUAUUAUAUUAAUUCUGAUUCUCAGUCAUCUUGUGCCAUACCGUCGUUACCAUCCCCAUCUCUAAAAGGACUACUUAUUGAGUCGCCUCAUCCAUCCCACUACACUCAACCACCAUAUUUUUUCCCCUAA